GAAAAGGAAACAACAAAGUACUGCAACUCCUUCUCUCUCCAGAGUGAGAGUCAUAAACACAUGCAGCAAGCCGCAGUUGCUGUGUAUAAAUACUCAUAACUCAUGUGAGAGAAGAAGCUUCUCCUUUCUUCUGCAUAGCUCUCUUUCUUUGGAUGGGGCUUCUGUUCUUGUUCCUUCUUCAUGCCUUCUUCAGAGGAAACCCUUCUUCUUCUUCUUCGGGUUUGGAUCAUGUGUUCACGGGGACCUGGGUGGAGGACCAAUCUUACCCGCUCUAUGAUCCCGCCACCUGUCCCUUCAUCGAGCGCGAGUUCAAGUGCCAAGGGAAUGGACGGCCUGAUCUCUUUUACACCCACUAUCGAUGGCACCCACUUGCCUGCAAUUUACUCAGAUUUAACGGGCUAGAUUUUCUGGAGAAGAUGAAGGGGAAGAGCAUCAUGUUCGUGGGAGAUUCACUGAGCAGGAAUCAAUGGCAGUCAUUGACUUGCUUGCUUCAUUCAGCAGUGCCCAAUUCACCUUAUACUUUAGAUAGAGUUGGAGAUGUUUCUAUUUUCACACUUACGGAGUACAAGGUUAAAGUGAUGCAUGAUAGGAACGUGUAUCUAGUUGACGUUGUCAGAGAGGAUAUAGGCAGGGUCUUGAAGCUUGAUUCAAUACAAGGAAGCAAUCUGUGGGAAGGGACUGAUAUGCUCAUCUUUAACACAUGGCACUGGUGGUACCGUAGAGGACCCACUCAACCAUGGGAUUUUGUCGAAUUGGGAGGUCAUAUUUAUAAAGACAUAGAUCGGAUGAGGGCUUUUGAAAUGGCACUUAAGACCUGGGGUGCAUGGGUAGAUGCCAACGUCGACCCUACUAGAGUGAAGGUCUUCUUUCAAGGAAUUUCCCCAUCUCACUACAACGGCAGCUUAUGGAACGAACCAGGUGUAACGAGCUGCGUCCGGCAGAAGACACCGGUGCCGGGAUCAAUCUACCCCGGCGGAUUGCCACCGGCCGUGGCGGUGUUAAAGAGUGUGCUGAGCACAAUCAGGAAGCCAGUCACUCUGCUUGAUAUCACAACCCUCUCACUGCUAAGAAAAGAUGGCCACCCUUCCAUUUAUGGUCUCACUGGAGCUGCGGGAAUGGAUUGCAGCCAUUGGUGUCUUCCUGGGGUUCCAGAUACUUGGAACGAGAUACUUUACAACCUUAUUUGAUGACUAAUUUUUUAUUCAUCAUUUGAUUGGGGGUUAUAAAAAAAUUUAUAUAGAAAAAUGAAAACUGGGUUGGAUAUAAUAGACCAUAUAUACCCUGAUUAAUUGGAAUGUGCCUUGUGGCCUAGAGUGAAUAAUAAUAAUUUUUUUUUAAUAAUAAGUCAUACAUCAUACA